ACUCUGCAGUUGCAGCAGGCCAAGGCUCAGAUAAACAGCAUGGUGCCAAAGAAGCAGUUUGAGCAGCUGCAAAACACCCUGAGAGAGGAACAGUGCAAGACUCAGCAGCUCCAGGAAAGCCUCCAGCUGCAGGCUGAGCAGACAUGCAGGCAGCUGGUCAGGAUCCAGGAGGAACACGAGCAGCUGCUGCAGGCAGCUGUGGAGCAGGCAGAGGGGCUGGAGCAGAGUCUGAGGAAUGCUGAAGCUGUGCUGGCAGAGAGGGCAGCUCAGCUCAGAGAUGCCCAGGCCCAACUCUCCAGGAACAAGCUCUUGAUUGAAGAGCUCCGUGGAGAGAACAGGAGGUUUGCAAUGGCCCUGCAGGCUGCUGAGCUGAAGCAGAAGAGCAUGGAGGAGAAGAACCAGCUGUUGGAGGAACAAGCCUCAGCUCUGAAGCAGCUUAUUGGAAAAAUCACACCAGCAUCUCUGAGUGGGUGAUGGAACAUCUGCA